AUGGCAGAGACCAAUCACAGUGUGACCACAGUGAAGGAGUUCAUUCUGUUUGGAAUCACUGACCGCUCAGAGCUGCAGGUUCCCCUCUUUGUAUUGUUCCUCCUGAUCUAUGUGACAACUGUGAUGGGAAAUCUGGGAAUAUUUGUUUUAAUCAGAACGGAUAUCCACCUCCAUACCCCCAUGUACUUCUUCCUCAGCCACCUGGCUUUUAUUGAUCUUUCCUAUUCCUCUGUCAUUGCUCCAAAGAUGCUGGCAAACCUUUUAGCACUGAAGAAAACAAUUUCAUACAAUGCAUGUGCAGCACAGCUGGUUGGCUUCCUAACUUGCAUGAUCACAGAGUGUUUCCUCUUGGCUGUGAUGGCAUAUGACCGCUACAUGGCUAUCUGUAAACCACUGCUUUAUCAGACCAUCAUGUCUCAGAGAGCCUGCAUACUGUUGGUUGCCGGUCCUUAUGUGUAUAGCAUUUUUGCUGCUCUGUUCCACAUGAUAAUUACAUUCCGUUUGUCCUUCUGCUCUGCUGUGAUUAACCAUUUUUACUGUGAUGAACUUGCUCUGUUAGAGCUUUCCUGUUCCAACACCAGUAUCAACCGGAUAUUGAUUUAUGCUUUUGCUGGUUUUGAUUCAUGCUCCCUCCUCGUUGUCCUCAUCUCUUAUAUUUUCAUCGUCUCCACCAUUCUGAGAAUCCGCUCUGUUCAAGGUCGAAGCAAAGCCUUCUCCACUUGUGCUUCCCACCUGACAGCCGUCACCAUAUUUUACGCAACUCUGAUGUUCAUGUAUUUGCAGCCCAGUACUACCCACUCUUUAGGGACAGAUAAAAUAGCCUCUGUGUUCUACACCCUGGUGAUUCCCAUGCUAAAUCCCCUGAUCUACAGCCUGAGAAACAAAGAGGUGAAGGAUGCUUUGAAGAGAACAACAAAAAGAAUGAUGGCCAUUUGCCAAUUUGCCAGUGAUGGCCAUUUGCCAAUGAACAUGUAA